AUGGCAAUUAAGAACGACGAUGUACUGGCGGCAGAUGAGAAUGUCAACGACAAUUCGUCACAAAGUCUCGUUUCGUCGACGACGAGCGUGGCCAGUUCAGUUCUCGAGUACCGCAUUGAGAAUGGGCGGACAUAUCACAAGUACAAGGACGGAAAGUGCAACUUGCCAAACGAUGAGAAAGAAAAUGAUCGACUCGACUUACAGCACAAUCUAUUCAUCCGGACAUUCGACGACCGAUUAGGAACCGCGCCACCCAACGCGCGUGAAUCCGAGGUCGGGAGGGUCUUGGAUGUGGGAACUGGCUCAGGUAUUUGGGCCAUUGACUUUGGAGUUGAGCAUCCCGAUGCCGAGGUCAUCGGCGUCGAUCUGUCGGCUGUUCAACCAACAUUCGUGCCACCAAAUGUGCAAUUCCAGGUCGAAGACAUCGAAGAAGAUUGGCACUUCUCUCUACCCUUCGACUACAUCCACAGCCGAAUGAUGACAGGCAGCAUCGCAGACUGGAAGAUUUAUCUCCGCCGCUGCUACGACAAUCUCAACCCAGGGGGCUACCUCGAACUCAACGAUAUCGACGCAAUCCCCCUCUCCGACGACGGCACCCUUACCGAGGAAUGCACCCUCACAAAGAGCUUCCGCCUCUGGCCCGAAGCCAUCACAGCUCUCGGGUCCCCCUUUGAGAAGUUCAACCGUCUAGAAGGCGUCUUGACCGAGGUUGGAUUCGAGGAUGUCCGCGUCGAGCGCUUCAAGUGGCCUACGAAUAGCUGGCCGAAGGAUCCCAAGUUCAAGGAGCUGGGGAUCUGGAAUGAUGAGAAUCUUGCGCCGAAUUUGGAGAGUAUGUUCAUGGCUGGGAUGACGCGCGGAUUGAAGUGGAGUGAGCAGGAGGUUCAUGAACUUGCUGUUGAGGCGAGGAAGGAUUUCAAUGAUCCGAAGAUACACGCUUAUUUCCAGCUGUGA